AUUGGAGGCGCUCGCACCGCACACGUGUUUCUCGCGGCGAACUUGGAGGAGCGGCUUGAGCUCGCGGCCACAUCUUUGCGGUCGAUCAGAAAUGUCGUGGUUAUUUGGGAUCAAGAGGGACCAACCUGGCGGCGGGGAAAUGCCGGACCUUUCGAGCCUCGGCGUAACUGUUCCGAGCGGCGGCGCAGCCGCAGGUGGUGGUGGCGAAGGCGGCGGUGACGAUGGAAAGAAAUCUUCGAGGAUGGAGGGUUACCACUUUGACUCGAGCGCUCUUGAAAGAGCGGCCAAAGCGGCGCGCGACCUAGAAGCAUCGCGCCAUGCAAAGGAGGCACUGGAGCUGUCAAAGAUGCAGGAGAAAACGCUUCAACUUGAGCAUCAAACUAAGAUUAAGGAGUUUGAAGCUCACAUUGAGCAUUCCAAGCUGGACGCCCACAGAGUGCAGCAGGAAGAGCGGAGAAAGACAUUGGCAGAGGAAACGAAACAGCAUCAGCAGCGGGCCGUAUAUCAAGACCAGCUCGCAAGGAGGCGCUAUGACGACCAGCUGCUGCAGCAGCAACGAGCGAAUGAGGAAAACCUAAAGCGGCAAGAGGAGUCAGUGGCAAAGCAAGAAGCCCUAAGAAGAGCCACGAUAGAGCAUGAAAUGGAAUUGCGGCACAAGAAUGACAUGAAGAAGCUGGAAGCUGAGCUGCGGGCCAAGGCCAAGAUCGACCGCGAGAACCAAGACCUCUACAUCGAGCAGAUCAAGGUGAAGGCUGCCGAAAACAGGGCCACGGUCCUCGAGUCAAUCAAGACAGCAGGUGCUGUGUUCGGUGAAGGAUUUAAAGCGUUCAUCUCCGACUGGGACAAGGUGUCAGCCACGGCUGCUGGAGUGACCCUACUGGCCCUUGGUGUGUACUCUGCCAAGCUGGGCACAGGCAUUGCAGCACGAUAUGUAGAAAUGCGGCUAGGCAAGCCAUCGCUGGUGCGUGACACCUCAAGGCUCACAGUCGUGGAAGCCAUCAAGCACCCUUUUCGUACGGUCCGCCAGCUCACGAACAAGCCUACGGAUGCCCUCAAGGGUGUUGUGCUUGAUCCCAAGCUGGAGGAGCGGCUCAGGGACAUUGCUAUAGCCACGAGGAACACCAAAAAGAACAAAGGGAUGUACAGGAACAUUCUUAUGUAUGGACCCCCUGGUACUGGCAAGACACUCUUUGCCAAGCGCCUGGCUACGCACUCAGGCAUGGAGUAUGCACUCAUGAGUGGUGGUGACGUGGCUCCAAUGGGCCGUGAAGGCGUGUCUGCAAUUCAUAAGGUCUUCGACUGGUCUCAGACCAGCAGGCGUGGAGUACUGCUAUUUGUUGAUGAAGCUGAUGCAUUCCUCAGGAAACGCAGCUCAGAAAUGAUCAGUGAAGAUCUUCGGGCCACUCUUAAUGCUUUCCUGUAUCGAACCGGAGAGCAGUCAAACAAGUUUAUGCUAGUCCUGGCCAGCAACACACCUGAGCAGUUUGACUGGGCCGUGAGCGACCGAGUGGACGAGAUGGUGGAGUUCCGUCUCCCCGGCCUAGAAGAACGGGAGCGUAUGGUGCGACUCUACUUUGACAAGUUUGUCCUCCAGCCAGCCACUGAGGGCAAGAGGAGGCUAAAGGUUGCACAGUUUGACUACACCAAAAUCUGCUCAGAUAUAGCUCGGAUUACAGAAGGACUGUCGGGCCGCGAGAUUGCCAAACUGGGAGUCACUUGGCAGGCAGCAGCGUAUGCCUCGGAUGACGGUGUCCUAACCGAAGCUAUGAUUAUGGACCGGGUUCAUGACGCUGUGAAGCAGAACAGGCAGAAAGUGGCCUGGCAGACGGAGGAAGAGCACCGCAAACGGACACCAGGGGGAUUUAGCACAUCCACUACACCCUACGCUAGUCAUCCUGCGUUGCCUUUAAGCACCGCACCGUCAUCUUAGCAUUGCCAUUCCCUGUAUAUAAUGUUAAUAGGCAGUUUUUGAAGGCUUGUAUAGACUGUAGCAUUGCGAUAGAAAAAUAGGAAUGCAAGCUUAUUGAUUAGGUCAGUUUAUAUUUGUAGGCAUAACACACCUCCCAUGGCCAUGAAAUCAUUAAUUUUCAUGUAAAGAUCAUUGUAUUCUUGAGGUGUUUAUAUGGGCCUCGCAGUGAAACAAACUCGAGCUAUGCUCUGUAUUAUAUUGUCUGGUGUUAUUGUCGAUGUAGCCGACGCGCAGUAGUAGUACUUAUUUUCAACAUGCGAAUUAUGAGAAAAGUUUUUCUUUCAAUGAAUUUACAGAAUAAAAAAAAUAAUGUCCACUUGA